AUGAAUCGACUGGACUCUAUCAAUUCAGAACUGAAUAACUGGGCAGCCCGAGUCUCUCCAAGCUCGGGCUAUGACGAAAUUCCAGCUAUGCAGCCUUUUCAAAUUAACGACCGUAUAAGACUUGAGCCAUACAAAGAGUAUGUUCACAGAUAUACAGGAUUUUGGGCUGCCGAUAUGUGGAAUCAAUAUCGCACAUCAAAGCUUUUGUUACACGAUAUGAUGCUGGCCCAUCUGUAUCCUGAAGCAACAUCUCCUAGUCCAAACGCAUCGGCGCAGAUAAAAUGCAUUGGAAUUCGAACCGAGAUGCGUGUCAUUGCUGAUGAUAUCUGUCACAGCGCGCCUUACAUCCUUGGACUUUUGAACCAAGAAAAACGUGAUGCUUCAGCCAUCCCUGUCAGAUCUUCCACCGGUGCCUUUUUGCUUUUGUGUCCUCUGACUGCAGCUGCUCUGGUUGAUCCAAACGCUUCAAAAGUCGCUGAAUUUUGUUUUCACUACCUGGAUGUCAUAUCGGAGGUCAUGGGUAUUCAUUAG